CAUGCAUAAUGGAAAACUCCACAAAAAUUCACUUGUAUUAUUAUUUAUUCACUUUAUCAUGACUUCUCAAACAAUAUCACUUAUUGUAGCCCUGAAAGGGGCUGAAAACCUUGAAGACGAAGGACGAAUCAUCCGUUUUGGCACCGGGGCCAAUCUCGAUACCAUCCGCGGCUUGGUGGCGGAAAAGUUAUCGAUCGUAGGCGCCUUGGACGAUAUCUUACUUCUCGACAGCCACGAUCGUCUUCUCGAUGGCAUUGGAGAGUUAUCCCAACAACAAGUCGUCUACGUGGACGUACGAAAUCACAUCAAAGAAAUUAUCCCAGGCCCAGCCAAGCUGCCGUUUGUUGGAAAUUUAUACGAUCUGCUGCCUAAUAUUACCGAAGGCUGGGUGAAGCAGUUUGAAAAGUAUGGACCUCUGGUCGAAGUGACGCUUUUGGGUCGAAAAAUCAUUGGUACCAACGACCCUGCAAUUGCCGAAAUUUGUGUCAAGGAAUCCGAAUACUUUACAAAGAAAGUCAGUGUGACCCCUCUAUCUGAAGUCAAAGCUUUUGGUCGUCAGGGUCUGUUUACCACUGACACGGACGAGAUGGAUUGGAAACUGGCGCAUAAAUUGUUGAUGCCGGCCUUCAGUCCUCGUGCUAUCAAGGCAUAUCAAGUGGAAAUGGGUCUUAUUGCUCAACAGACCAUCAAGUUGUUGGAAACCUUUGAUCCUAGUGAACCAGUGGAAAUUAUUGAAUGGACGACUAAUCUCACGUUUGAGACCAUCGGUCGUGUUGGUUUUGGCUACGACUUCCAUCUGCUGGACAAGCGCGAUGCUCCGGUCCAUCCUUUUAUCGAAGCCAUGGGAUAUUGUCUGCAACGCGUGGUCACCCGAGUCCAGCAAGCUCAAUUCAUGAAACAUUUACCCACCGAAGCCAACCGUCGUUUCGAUCGAUCCGUUGAAUUGAUGCAUGAGACCGUCGACCGAGUGAUUCAGGAACGCAAAGCCAGCCCGGAAGCCCACGACAUCAACAAGGACUUGCUUGGCUUUAUGUUGAACGCACGCGAUGAGAACGACCUGGGAUUGUCCGAUGAAAAUAUUCGUGAUCAGGUCGUGACCUUUUUGAUUGCAGGCCACGAUACUACCGCUAAUACUCUGGCUUGGACACUGUAUGAACUGUCGCAUAACCCCGACGUGGAGGCCAAGGUGCUGCAAGAAAUUGUCGACAACGGCAUCACCCACGAUACCUUGCCUACUCAUGAACAGAUCAGCGGUCUCAAGUACAUGCAUCAAGUGUUGAAGGAAACCCUCCGUAAAUAUUCUCCCGUUCGCGCAUUGAACAAGUACUGCACAAAAGAUUGCAUUGUUCCCGGUGGUUACAAGGUCAAGGCCGACAAUACCGUCCAGAUCAACGUUUACGCUAUGCAUUACCGUGCCGACAUUUACCCUGAUCCCACCCGUUUCGACCCUGAUCGAUGGACCCCCGAAGAAGAACAGAAGCGAUCGCGCUUUGCCUGGUUGCCUUUCAGUACCGGUCCACGUGCCUGCAUUGGUAUGGCCUUUGCUCUGCAAGAAGCCAAGACGGUUUUGGCCAUGAUGUUGCAUCGUUUCAAGUUCACUUAUGAUGGUCCACAUCCUAUGCCUUUUGAUCCCAAGAUGGCUACCACCAAACCAUUGAAUUUGCAGAUGCAUAUUCUUCCCCGUACAGACUUGCCUGAGCCUCAUGCGUCUGCACCGGUGAUGACCAAAUCAGCCGAAUCUGCCACUUCACCAGCCACGCCUGCACCUACCAUGCCUACGAUGGCGACCGUGCCGCACUCGGGUAGCAUUGAAUUGCCAUCGGUGACCUUCUUGUUCGGUACACAGACAGGUACUGCCCAAGAUUACGCGUCGCAGCUGGCCAGUCAAGCUCGCAAUUUCGGGUUCAAGAACGUGACGUUGUGCGAAAUGGAUAAAUGGGAGGUACUGAAGAACGGAAAGUACACGGGCGGUCAAGGCAAAAAUGAUGCACGCGAACUGGUCGUCAUUUGCACUGCCACCUACAACGGGCAACCUCCGGAUUCCGCUGAACAUUUCCACAAGUUUAUCAAGGCCAAGACCGAAGAAGAAGGUCACGGAAAGAUUUUGAACGGAUUGCUCUAUGCGGUGUUUGGUCUCGGUAACAAGAACUGGCGCACUUACCAACAUUUCCCCAUUAUGGUCGACAACAGCUUGGAAGAACUGGGUGCUGAACGCUUCUUUGUUCAAGGUGAAGGCAAUGCCGACAAGGAUAUGGAUGCCGAAUUCAAUGAAUGGUGCGCUCACUUUUGGACGCAUACGUUGAACUAUUACGGUGUGGCUGUAUCCGACAGCCAUUCGGUGGUGCCGACGGCGACGGCGAACAAGACCGGUCGUAGCAACAAUGUCCAGAUCCACUUUAUCAGCCCCAACGACAAGGAAAAGUGGGAAUCCGCCAAGAAGAACCGCAACGGCGAGUGCAACGCCAAGAUUUUGGUGAACAAGGAGUUGCAAGGGCAAGGAUCCGGUCGCAGCACGCGUCACCUGGAGAUCGAUAUUGCGAGUGUCACGCCUUUGGGUGACGAGCACCUGUACGAAGCCGGUGACCAUUUGGAAGUGAUGCCUGAGAAUGAUCCUGCUCUGGUGGAGGCGAUUGCUCUCAGCUUUGGCUGGGUGCUUGACUCAGUGUUUGAAGUGGAUCCUUCCUCCUUGGACGGUUUGUCUCCUCGCUCGUUGGCAGCCAGCAUCCGUGGCCCGUGCACUGUGCGAAAUGCCCUGUUGUACUAUGCUGACAUCUCGUCUCCUCCUUCGCGCAACAUGCUCGCUUGUUUCGCGGCCCAGCUUCGUUUGUCGGCCCCCGAGACGGCCGAUGCCUUUGAACAAUUGACCAUGCCCGAUCAAGACAACAAGGAUGGCUAUCCGCUCUUUAUCCAACGUCAUCGCACGCUUUUGGACCUUCAACGCGCUUAUCCUCAGGUCAACCAAUUGGAUCUUGCCCAAUUCUUGGCCGCGGUCAAUGUGAUGCAACCUCGCCGUUACUCGAUCGCCUCUUCGCCGCUCAAGUAUGGUCAGCAAGCGCAUCUUGCCGUGGGCGUGGUCGACGAUGUUGUCAAUGAUCGUCACUAUCCUGGUCUGGCCUCUUCUUUCCUAGCGGGUACUUCAACGGAUGUGGCGAUCCGCGCUUCGCUUAAAUCGUCCAAGAAUGCAUUCGGUUUGCCUUCCGAUCCUUCGGUUCCUAUCAUUAUGAUUGGUGCAGGCACAGGCUUUUCUCCUUUCCGAGGUUUCUUGCAGGAACGCGCAUAUCAAAAGGAGCAUCAGAUCGAGGUCGGCGAAACAGUUCUCUUGUUUGGCUGCCGUCAUCCCGAUCAGGAUUACAUCUAUGCCAAAGAACUGGAAGAAUACAAGCAAGCAGGCGUCCUGAACGAACUGUAUGUGGCCUUCUCGCGUCAAACGCCUCCCUCGUCCAUCAAGUAUGUGCAACAUCAAAUCCUGGCCAACGCCGCUACGAUCUGGCCACUCUUGGUGCCUUCCGAUCCUUCGGCCAAACCGGCUUCCAUCUAUAUCUGUGGCAGUGGUCACAUGAGUCGCGAUGUACGUCGCACUUUCCUCAAUCUGGCCGUCAGUUUCGGUGUCGCCAAAGACGAAGAAGAAGCAAACCAAUUCUUGCAAAAACUCAUUGACGAGAAGCGCUACAACGAAGAUGUAUGGGGUUAAAACACUUUCCAUAGAACUUACUGUAUAAUUUGUAUAUCUAUUUCUUUUUAUAUCAAACUUGUAUCAUAUAUAGAAUAAAACCAUCAGUUCAUUUAGAAGUUUUAUCACUUAA